UUACUUCUCGGCGCUCGGUUGCUUCUGCCUGUCCGGCAGGGUGAAAGGUGAAAGUUCGUCCACAUCUGAAAACAGCAGACACGUGCGGGUUGGAAAGUCGCCUGAGCAGCAGUAUUACCAGCUGCAGCAAUGGCUGCCAUCUACUCUGGUAUACACCUAAAACUGAAGAGUCCUCAGACGCCGUGGGAGGACAAGUUAAAGCUGGCACGUUUUGCCUGGAUCUCCAAUCAGUGCCUCCUGCCCAACAAGGAACAGGUGCUGUUGGACUGGUGCACCCAUGCUCUGACAGGCUGGUACAAUCAGAAGGUGGAGUUUUCUCUGAAUGUUUUGGAGGGACUGUGGUGUUACCUGGAUGAUCUGCUUCACAGCAAGAAGCUCCACUCUCUUCUCAUCCAGGGCAAGACUGUCAGUCUGAGGCUCAACAUGGCACAGCUGCUGCUUGAGCGUCUCCAGGAGUGUGCACGUGUUGGCUCCAAGUCGCCGGUGUGUGUGUCUACCAUACUGAGUGUGUGUCAGGGUCUUCUCUCUUCUCCCGCGCUGUCAUCUGUGUUCACCACCAAAUAUGAACUUAUGGUCGAUCUUCUGGCUAAGAUCUGCUCUCUGGCCUGCCAUGAGCUACAACAGCCAUUAGUCAAAGAUGUGGCUGUCACAUGCCAAGAUGAAAUGAUGACUGAGUGUCUUCAAACUCAGCCCACGAAAGAUUUGGACAAUUCCCAAAUUGAGCCGAUCACUGAAAGCCCUCCAGAUUCAGAUCCUCCUGAGCCAAAGAAAAAUCUUCGGUCAGCAAAUUUAUAUGACAUACUGCUUCAGGUGCUGUCAUGUUAUCUGUCAGUUCAGCGACAACAAGCCAAUCCUAACAGAGUCUUCACUAUGGUAACCAACCAGUUGAUCCAGACGUUGGUAUUACUCAGACACCUGAUGACAUCUGGGGAAUUUGCACCUUUUCACAUACAUCUGCGCCUCCGUCAGCAGCUUUGCAGAGACAUCCGCGUUAAGAUAGACUCCAUCCUUCAGUUGGCUCUCUUCCCCUCUGAGCACCUGAUCUCCUACAAGGAGGAGCUCCUUCCAUCCAAAGAGGAUUCUGGGAAACGUGGUCCUGGUGGGGCGAAAGGCCCCUUGAAGCCAGUCAGUGCCAUACUUUCCAAACUGAGUGCUCCGGGCUACUGUGAGCCGGCCCUAUUCUACACUGUUAAGUCGAACACACUGUCUCUGCUGUUUAAGUUCUUUCAGGAAAGCUACGGAAAAGGUAGAGGAGAAAGUGAAGAAGCACACAAGAUGCUGUGUUUCUAUUUCCUGACCAGGUUGGUCCCGGCCUUGGAUCUAAGUCUUGAUGGACAUUCACCUGCCAAAGCAGAAAAGCCAGUCUCUGUGUCCCCUGGGCAGAAGUCUCCUCCAGCCUCCCUCUCUUCCCCAGAGAGCUGGAGCUUGGCUCUGCUCGCUGUGGAGUCCCUGCUAAGCCAGGCACUGUCAGCUGAUAUUUACAAUGUAGCAGCAGACAGGAUCAGACAUGGAGAGGUCCAACUCAACUUUUACAGAGCCUUGGGACAAAUGCUCUUCAACCAGGCUCAGCUAAGCAUCCCUGCAUGGUACCGCUGUUUAAAGGUGCUGAUGAGUCUCAACCAUCUGAUUCUUGAACCAGACCUGGACCAGCUGUUAUCGUCAGCUUGGGUUAAUUCUGAGUGCAUGGAAGUGCGAGUGCAACGUGCCAGACAGCUGAUGGUGUGCAGUCUCCUCCAGAUCUACACUAAGCUCCGUCAGCUGCCUCGUCUCUUCUCCGAGCUCCUGUCUGUAAUCUGUCAGCCGGUCCUGGACCACCUCCGACCUCCUCUGCUCUCUGAGGGCAUCUCUGCCUCACUGAGGACUUGUCUUCUGGACACUCCCCCUUCGCAGGGUGUAGAGAUCUGCUCAUUAGUGUUGGAGAGCAUCAGGAAGUAUGUACUACCUGACCUGGUGAAGGAGGAAGGAGGGUCAGAGAAGAUGGAGACUGAUGGAGGAGGAGAUGAUAAAGGAAUAAAAAAAGAAAUAAAGGUGGAUCGAGAGGGAGAACAUGCAUCUCUGAAGCUAUCCUCCCUCAGCCAACUGCUACAUGCUAUUUUGUUUAGUUUAAAGACUCUAGACAACACCUCUCCUCUACCCAUAGUCAGGCAGAGUCAGGGCCUGAUGCAGGAGAUGCAACAGGUACUCAAGGAAUUACUACACGUGUUGUCAAGUGAAAAGAAGGCGGCUGUAAAAUCAAAUACAAGUUCAGUUCAAAAGACACCAAAGAAAGGCAAAAAGAAUUUGGACCACAAAGAAGUACAGAAGGUCUCAGAGUCUAAAAUGGGAGCACUCUGGGAACAAAAGACCCAGGAGGCUGCUCUCCUCCUCAAAUACACCUGGGUGGAAGUCGACACACUCUUCUAUAUCCACUGCAGCAAAUACACAUCUCUUGAUUCAGUCCAGACAGCAGCUGUGAGUGAGACUGAAGGCCGUGCUCCAGUCUUAACCCAUAUAGAAAGUUAUCUAUCUGAGGAUAAUUUUAUAGCAGGUCUGCAACCAUCCUGCAGCCCCGUGAGCUGUUUGCUGCUCAAACUCCUCACUUUGCAGCAAACAAAGAAGAUUUUGUUAGACACCCCCUUACUUUCUGAACCCAGCACUGCCGUACUACUAAACAAGGCAGCUCAGUUUAUUUUAGCCAAAUCAGAGUGUGAGGUAAGUCUGAAUGGAGAGCAGGUGUGGGAUGGGCAGAUAGGGAGCGUCAACGCCAACUCCUACCUCGUAGCGCACUGGUAUCUCGUCACGUCCAACUUGCCUCUGAUUGCUCCCUACCUGAGCAGUGAAGAUGUAGGCUGUGUAGCAGAUGCACUUGUGAGUUCACUCCUCAGCAGACAGACGGAUGGAGGAAAGGACCGGUCACCCGGGUAUCUGACCAUCUCCCUCAUAUCAUCACGGCUUCUCCAAAGCCCUGUUCUUGCUGAGUUGCCGUCACUGUUCUCUGCCACACUACGCUCCCUCACACAAAGGAUCGUUGGUGUUCUCAAGGCAGCACAUGUAUGCAAGGCUUGUCCUACACUCCUGAAGUUUCAGGAGAAAGGAACUGGAGCAAAGUCUUUAAAGAGCAAUGCAAGUCAGCCUUUGCCAACACUUGUGGAUAUGGAGACGAUAGUUGAGGAUAUUCUGUCUUCCUCAAAGACAGGAGAGGUGUCUGUAUUGCUGACUGACGCACAAAGCAAGGAACUGGUAAACCUACUCCAAAUCCUAACAGACCUAAACCCAGAUGGAAUGAACUCUGAGGACCUCUCCUCUAUGUUCCUCCUCCUUCUCUUCAUGCUCACCUCCACCUCCUGUCAGUCAGACCAGAUGGCCAUGAACCCUCCUGAAUCUGGAGAUGGUGUUGUAUUCUUGGUGAAGCUGCUCAGGAUUCUGACGUGUCUCCUGGAGGGUAAAAACUUCCAAAGUGUUCUGAAGCUCAUCCAUGGUGGCACUGUGCUGCAGGCCGUUGUGUCUUCUCUCCUCUGGCAUAGCAACAAUGGACGGUUUAGAGCCACACGCAAUCCCGACUGGUUGGAUUUAGUCAAAACAUUGCAAGGCUUCAUCAGAUGCACCGUCCAGUUGAUUAUAAUCAGAAACAGUAGUGUUCGACUCAACCUGGAUCAGUUCGCCUCCUAUCUUACCAGUACAGAAAUAGCAAGCAGGGAAAUUAUGGCACCCAGUUCAGCAACUGUGUCAGCCAAAGCAGAUCCACAAGCUUCGAUUUUGUCUGUUCAUCUCCUGCUUGCGUCGUUGACCUCCUUCUCCCAAGCAAUGACUUCUAACUUGGGAAAAAGUAAACCAAUGGAUCAAACUUUGACACAGAUGCUCACAAGAACGACUGCAUCACUAGGACCGGCUGUUGAGUCCGUCCUUAAGCCUCGGACUGUCAGCAAAUCAUUCCUCCAGCCAGCCAGUGUCCUCGGUCAAGCCUUUGUAGUAGAAGUUGUUACUGUCAUGCUACACUGUGAACUGUCCUCGCUGUCAGUGGAGGAGGAGAGCAAACAGAAAAACACCCAGCUCACCCUGAGUCACAUGAGCCUCUAUCAGAGCAUCUGCCAGCAGAUCCUCAAAGAAAUAAGUUCUGCCCACAGGCCCAUGGACUUCCUGGUUUCCUCUUUCCAUUUCCUGUCGGCUUUCUACAAAGCUGUGAAGAAGAUGGCAGGAGAGAGGGAGGAGGAGCAAGGAGAGGAGAAGAAGGGAGGAAAGGAGCUGGAUGAGCUGUACAUGCAGAUACUGCAGAAUAUACACAGACUGCUGACAGCGUCUUGGCUGUCUCCUGAUGAUGUUUGUGAGCUGGAGCCAGCUGUGCACGAGCUGCUGUGCCAUCUGGUGGAAAAAGGUACUACAGGUCAGUUCAACCUGCUACUGCUGAUGGUCAGAGAAGGACUGGACACCGGCCAACUGAGGGCAGGAAACUACAGGGAGGUGCUAUCUGCAGUGAUCAUCAUUAAGCUGCUGUCCUGUUGUCAGUUACCGGAGCCCUGCUCUAAAGCUCUGUGGCUCAUUGCACCACAGAUUAUAUCUGCUAUGGUGUUCUUAGUAAGAUCAUCCAGUCAGGAUGUCUCCUUGACCCUCCCCUUUACCGUUCCUACGGUGACGUCAGUGACAUCACUGCUGCGCCAGGGUGAGGGGCGCAUCGCUAACCCUCACCAUGUAAUCUUGGUCCUUGGAGCGCUCCAGUCAGUGCCCCUCGACCACUUGACCCCACUCAUCUACCAGUCAGCGUUCCUGGCUGUUCAUGAGGCGCUGUUUGCCAUCAUCCAGUGUCAUCCGCAGGUGAUGCUGAACGCAGCUCCGUCAUUCUUAAAUGUCUUUCAUCGUCUAAUGGCAUCCAUCAUGCAGGAGGGUCGGCAGAGAGCAGACGCUGACACAGGUCAAGACAGUGACGUGUAUCUGCGGUGCUCCAGACUGAUAGAGAGGAUGUAUUCUCACAUCGCUGCUACAGCUGAGAGCUUCACCACGCUGUCGGCCUUCAUGGUGGCUCAGUACGUCACCGAGCUGCAGAAGGUUACUCUGCGACCAGACAUUAAGCUGCAUCUAACUGAGGGGAUCUAUCAGAUACUGGACCUGUGUAUGGAGCAGGAUAUCAAGUUUCUGACAGCCGGACUGCAGAUGGGAGUCAGAGAGGUUUUCAAUGAGCUGUACGGCAGCUACACCCACUACCACAAAGCACAGAGGCAAGGAGAGGACAAGUACACUGUUUGACCUGCCACAGCAAGGAUCGUCAGCCUUUGGUUUAGAUUCAAGUUUAAUUACAUUUUUAAAUAAAUGGAAAGGUUGCAUUUAUAUGUCAUUUCUGAUUUUGUUAGUUAGUUUUCUGUUAAAAAUAAGAAAUUGCUGUGUUGCUUUUGAAUGUAUUAAGCAAUAAAUAUGCAGAUACUCUGAGGAAAACAGCCAGCAACACAACUGAGUGCCUAAAAAAGUCUGUUUAUGCCCUCACCUUUUUGAAUAUAUAAAUGGAUCAAGUUGGAAAUAGCCUGAGGUGUGUUAUGAAGUGUGUUUAAGACGAGUUAAGAAGUACAAAGCCUACACCCUGUACCUGAAACACAUGGCCACACUGACAGAGUGACCUCUCACUACAACCAGGACAAUUUAUGUGUAAAAUGUUCAUAUUAUAAUUAAAACAAACUGGUUUUACUGAGAUACGAUUUUCAGUUCAGUUAAUUGCUGAAGAAAAUAUGGAGAUAUAUAGGGAUUGAUAUAUUUGUCAAUAUAUUUCUAUAUUGCUGUUUUUGUGUUUGUUUUCUACCAAAACUUGUAACACAGAUAAAUACAAUGCUGUUUCAA